GUAAAAUCUGCAAAUAGUUGAGAAAACAAAUAACUAAAUGGAUGAGGGAGACUAUGAUAAUGAUGACGUCGGCAAUGAUGAUUUUGACGAUGCCGACGAGGACGUGGACGAGGACAUUGCUCAAGAGGAGGAAGUCGAUAAUAUUGAGAUAAUUGCACCCGGCGGCACAGCUGGUGGCGGUGUGCCCAAAUCGAAACGUAUCACAACCAAAUAUAUGACGAAAUACGAGCGUGCCCGUGUUCUGGGCACACGGGCUUUACAGAUUGCGAUGUGUGCACCGAUUAUGGUUGAACUGGAUGGCGAAACGGAUCCGCUGCAGAUAGCCAUGAAGGAGCUCAAGCAAAAGAAAAUACCAAUAAUCAUCAGACGCUAUCUGCCCGAUCAUUCCUAUGAGGAUUGGAGCAUAGACGAGCUGGUCAUGGUGGAUAAUUGAACUCGUCGUGGAUAGAUAUAUAAUGAUAGCUUCUAGAAAUUUAUAACUUUCGACAAUUAAAUAAUGUACUAUAAGAUUACAAUUUUAA